AAAAUUGCCCAGUGACUGUGAAAAACCCCAGAAGAAGUCGACGACAGAAGAAGCGGCUUCGCCUUGCUCAUCAAUCUCGCUCGCUCGUACUUCCGUCGUGGGAUUUUUUUGCAAAGAAGAAGCUUCAAGUUUCAGUCUUUCUCCUCCUCGCUCCUAUCACUACCCAGAUAUAUGAUGAUGAACCUUGUAAGGAGAUCAGCGAUAGCCAUGGGCCGCCAAUCCAAAUCGAAACUUACUUCGUUUUCUUCCUCCGCUUCUUCACAGCCUUGUUCCGGAUUCCCAAAAUCGUUGAUAAGCGUUUUACAAAGCGGAGCAUCAAGGCGGACCAUUACUAGUUCGGGUCUCACGAGUCUGGACUCAACUGGAGCUAAGGGACUAUUGUUUCGACCCCAAGCAAGUAUAUGUACGGAAACAACUCUUCCAAAGAUGAUCAACUCAUCUUACCUUGCUAGAUCUUUUGCAUCAUCAAGAACUUCUAAAGAACCUGGGAAUCAGCAGAAUAAGGCUAAGAAAGAUGUGACGACUGUGGAGGAUCCUUUUGAUUCUCCUACAUACCACAUCCCUGAGAAACCGGUGACCUUUACAGAAGGUGCUUCCUACAGUCUUGUUAUUCUUGCUGGGCUUGCGGUUGCCGGAGCUGCUGGCUACGGUGUGUUUAAAGAGCUCAUCUUUCAACCAAAAGAGUACAAGAUCUUUGACAAAGCCCUUAAGAGAAUUCAAGAUGAUGGUCAGGUGAGGGUUAGGAUUGGAUCCCCCAUCAAAGGCUACGGACAAGAAACUAGAAACCGAGCUGCUCGUCAACGUAUACCCAACAGAGUAUUUACAGAUGAAGACGGAGUUGAGCAUGUUGAGGUAAACUUCUACAUCCGUGGGCCUCAAGGAGGGGGGAAAGUGUAUGCGGAGAUGUUUAAAGACAAGGCCGAGAAUGAGUGGAAAUACACGUACCUGAUCGUAGAGAUUCUUACACCUUCACCAGCCAAAUUGAUGCUGGAGUCUUAUUUGCCCGCCUAAACACUAGCUCUUAUAUUUAUUGUUGAGUUUAUUCCGGAAAACAUUCAUAAACGGCUAAGAUUGGUUUUAGUUGGGUGUUGGAGAAAGGAGAAAGCAAAGAUUUGUGUUAUAGGAAUGACUUGUUGUUAUCAACGUCGGGACUGUUUGCUAAUUGGAAAAACAAGUCUAAACUGGUAAAAUGCUCAAUGUUUAUGAUCCUCUUGAGGAUUGAUUAAUA